CAGACGCAUCCUCGUCCAAUGAAGCUGUGCACUUGCAACAGCGCCUCAAGAGCCUUAGCACUGAGUUAGUCACGCUACGGAAUCGGCUGCAUGUUGGUCAGGGACAACACAAUAACAACAAUAGUAGCAAUAGUAACAACAAUAACAGCAAUUGCAAUGUGUCAUCCGUGGGCAGUUCACAUCAAAACCAACAACAACCACAACAACAGCACCAUGCCACCAACUCAGCGGCGCUAACAGGCCACAAUUUAAAUGCAUCCACACCGAAUUUGCACACCAUCACGCCACAUCAUAGCCAUAAUAACACAACAACAACAACAACAACAACAACAACAACAACAGCAACAAACAGCAUUAAUAACACAUUGCAACAGCAACAGCAACAGCAAUUACAAUUAUCGCACUCAACACUAAUUCCCACACUCGGCGGCAAUAGCAAUAGCCACAACAAUAACAACAACACCAACAGCAGCAGCAGCAGCAGCAACGCCAUCAACAAAUGCAAUACCGGCAAUAGCAAUAGCAAUAACAAUAACAAUAAGAACAACAAUCACGCCAGCAACGCAACCUUGACGUCAUGCAAUAACGCCAACAACACCAACAACACAUUCACGCACAUCAACAACAACCACACGAACAAUAGCAGCAAGUCACAUUUGUACAGCUACAGCCACACAUUGCCGCAUAAUUCCACAAUUUCCGCUGCCAACGCCGCCGUCGCCGCCACAUUGCCAACAGCUGCUGCCGCUGGCAUCGUUUCCACACGCAACACUUCCAUACCACACCCAUUGCCGUCAUCCAUACAGCAGCAACAACAGCAGCAGCAUCAACAACAACAACAACAACAACAACAGCAAUUGCGCGACCAACAACAACUGCAUUCCGCGCACACGCUUCCAAUGCGCUCCACUGCUGUUGGCUCACACGCACAUCACCUAAGCCAUAACUUGUCACCCUUUGUACCAAUUGCACAUAAACAGCCGAGCUCCAGCCAUGGCAGCGGUUUUAGCAAUACUGUCGCACCUUUCGGCUAUAACAGUACAAAUGUUGAGCAGCGUAAUGCCAAUAAUCAGUUUAUGGGUGGCAUGCAGACGCUACACGGCAGUGGCGGCAGUCACCAUCACAGCGGCGGCGGCGCCAGCAGUGGCAACAACAGCAUUCACAACAACAACAACAACAGCGGCGGUGGAAGUGGUGUACACAAGCAGCCAAGAGAGAUUGAAGAUCUGAUACAUCUACCCGGCCCGCUGACCGAGGAUGCAGUGAUGCGUACGCUGCAGGCGCGCUUCCACGACAAUCGCUACUUUACAAACGUCGGCCCCAUACUGCUUGCCAUCAAUCCCUAUCGAGAUGUUGGAAAUUCGCUUACGCUCUCCUCAACACGCUCGCUGCCAUUAGCUCCACAGCUACAUAAAAUCGUACAGGAGGCUGUACGUCAGCAAACGGAGACUGGCUAUCCACAAGCUAUCAUUCUAUCUGGCACCUCCGGCGCGGGUAAGACACACUGUUCGAUGUUGUUGCUACGUCAAUUGUUUGCUGUUGCCGGUGGCGGCCCAGAAACCGAUGCAUUUAAGCACUUAGCUGCUGCUUUUACGGUGCUACGUUCGUUGGGUUCCGCCAAAACGACCACCAAUUCGGAAUCGAGUCGCAUUGGCCAAUUUAUCGAGGUGCAGGUGACAGAUGGUGCGCUCUAUCGCACCAAAAUACACUGUUACUUUUUGGAUCAAACGCGCGUCAUACGUCCACUGCCGAAGGAGAAGAACUAUCAUAUCUUCUAUCAGAUGCUUGCUGGUCUAAGCAGAGAGGAGCGCAUUAAGUUGAAUUUGGAAGGUUAUUCGCCGGCGAAUUUGCGUUAUCUGCAAAGUGGUGAUAUUGCGCAGAAUGAGCAGGAGGAUGCGUCACGCUUUCAGGCAUGGAAGACUUGCUUGGGCAUCUUGGGUAUACCAUUUUUGGAUGUAGUGCGUGUGCUGGCAGCAGUAUUGCUGUUGGGCAAUGUGCAAUUUAUCGAUGGGCAGAAAGCAAGCCACUAGUCAUCUUUCGCUUGAUGACUGGCUAGCGAGGAGGUGUGCUUCUCUCAUAAUUAUUUCGGAUACCUUGACCUUUCCGUUUUCCCACUGAAGUUUGCGGGAGCAACGUAUACGUUUUUAGCUGUUUUUCUGAUUGAAUUCUUUGCUCAAUUCAUUGUUAAAAAAAAAUUUAAUAGGUGGCUGGCGGAUUUCGAGCCCGACACCUUUCGGUAGCUAAUAAAAGAAGUAGCACGGUCCUCUGCACGCUCAGCCACUGUCGACUACGUACAUGCUAUCAAAUGUUCGGCUUGAAAAAAUAAAAUACAAUUAUUGCUUUCAAAUAAAAUCAUCUUUUUGGAAAGUUUCGAACCUUUUCCGGGUACAAAAUUGAAUGAUAAUUAUAGUCGUUUUCUAUUCGUUUCCGGAUACGAAAACCCGCAAUUUUUUUUGCACGUUGAUGGAUAUGUAAAUGAACGAAAAUUGUAGACGUUUGCUGUUCGUUUCCGGAUACGGAAAAUUAUACGGGACCGCACUGUCGGCAAAAUUUACAUUUCUCUGCUAGCUGGGAUAGAAAGGAUUAUGGAAAU